AUAGAUAUCUAUUUGUUGACCGGGAGACUUUAAGAUUCUGUAGAAAAUUCCAUGCGGUAACCAGUUAGCCUAGCCAGCUACUAUUUAUGGCCAGCCAGCUGAUAAUGUUUACGCGCAUGAUCUCAGAGUCGCGGUUGUUCGUGGGUAGAGCUAGUUAGUCUAGAGAUGAGAUGUAAUUUACAUAUUUACUCGCAGUUGUUUUACUUUAUUGUUUAGGCCUGUGAGACUCGGAUCGUUCUUACCCUUUAUCAGGCUUGUUUGUGUACCUGCUAGUCCGCCUAAUGCCAAAUCAAGUUUGUUUGAGGCAUUACUGUAGCCUACAGUUUACAGAUAAUCUUCGGACUAGAUUGGGUGUUAACAUUUAUUGUGUCAUUUUAAACAAAAAGGGGGACACCUGGCAACAGUCCAAUUUCUAUUAACUAGCUCUAUGUUGGCUUCUAGUCGUCAGUGCCAUGUGACCAGAAUUUCAGUUUUAGAAGUCAAAUGUACGCGAACAGAGCUUGUACUACUCCUUGACUAGUUGUACUAUGCCAAUGAUGCUCAAACCGUCAACUUUUUUGUUUCUGAAGUGUUAUUCUGAUGAAAGCCAGUGCUGAUAUGAGUGACUGUGUGUGAUUCAGGUCCCAUGAGGAUGGAUGUCUAUGAUGCAGACAGAAGCCUUUCAAAGUUGCAAUAGGAGCUGAAAUGGUUUGCCCCAAUACCGAAUGGUAGCAACCAGUUCCUUCUAGACCACCUCCACCAAGCACAGCUCCCCAGCCUGUCCGCGUCCAAGCCCCAGCAAUGACCUCCAAGUCGUCCCUUCUAAAGGUCAUCCUCCUGGGGGACGGUGGCGUGGGUAAGUCUUCCCUCAUGAACCGCUACGUCACGAACAAGUUCGACACCCACCUCUUCCACACCAUCGGCGUGGAGUUCCUCAACAAAGAGCUGGAGGUGGACGGACGCACUGUGACGCUCCAGAUCUGGGACACCGCCGGGCAGGAGCGAUUUCGGAGCCUCCGAACGCCUUUCUACCGGGGCUCAGACUGCUGCCUCCUAACCUUCAGCGUGGACGACAGCCAGAGCUUCCACAACCUCAACAACUGGAAGAAGGAGUUUGCGUACUACGCCGAUGUCAAGGAGCCCGAGAAGUUUCCGUUCGUCAUCCUGGGCAACAAGCUGGACGUGCCGGAGAGGCAGGUUUCCGGCGAGGACGCCCGCCAGUGGUGCCGCGAGAACGGCAACCACCCGUACUUCGAGACGAGCGCCAAGGACUCGACCAAUGUCUCGGCGGCGUUCGAGGAGGCCGUGAGGAGGGUGCUGUCCCAGGAGGAACGAGGGGAGCACCUGAUCCCCACGGACACGGUGGACCUGCACCGAAAGCCGCGCUCUGGCGCCUCCUGCUGCUGAGCGUGGGAGGGGCCACUUUCAGCGGACUGAAAGGAAACCCGAGGGGCCCGUUAACACGUCUGCUGGCCGACUGGGCCGUGAGAACUGACCGUACGCAUGGCCGUCUGGCUUGACUUCUCCUUUUUAACUGCACUUUAUGCAGUCUUCCUGCUCUGUCCUCCAACCUUGGCUUGCAUAUCUGUAUCUCAUGCUUUUUACACGCACACACACACACACACACACACAGCAAGCACAUGACCGCAUGUUCACUCACACUUCAUGGCGUCUUACACAUCCUAAGCACUUGUGUAAGUGUUGAGACACACACACACACACACAGAGAGUGCAUACAGUAGUCAGGGCUGCUAUCUCACAUCCCUCUGUGUUGGGGAGAGGGUCCUCAGUGGCUACUGUGGUCCAGGAAGGACCUCGUUCUGCAUUCCUCCUUCCAGGAUGUACACUACUACUGUGCGGUGAGACACCAAUCCAAGUCUUCCCUCCGAGUUAAAUCACAGUCCUUUUGUAUUCCACUGGUUGACUGUGCCAGGCUCACAUUCAUAUCUCUGAUUGUUGCAGUCACCUGUUCACAUGGUCAUGUUGGGGCAUGUACACCCUGACUGAAUGACAGUCUGUUGUGGUUAAAGCUGGAUGGCUUGCUGUGGUCUGUUCUUGCACCACUGCCAAGGAGAUCAAAGUUAAACCAAAUUUUCAAACUUACCCUCACAGAUUUGGAUUCUUAACCGAGACAGGCAAAUUGUGGUUGGUGUGAAUGCCAAGCUGUUUAUUGGCUGGUCACAUGGACUCUAGUGUAGGCUAACGUUGAAUGGAUUUCCAUCUGUAACAGAAUUAUUCUUAAUUACCAUGAGAGCUUUAACGUUUUUAAUCUUAUCCUGCUUGCAGAACGACCAUGAAAAGCGGUUUGGAUGUCGCGUUAAUGUGUUCGUUAGGAAUUUCAUGGGACUCAAGCAUGCAAAAUGGUCUUUCAGCUACAAUAAUAUUAGCUUAUUUUAUGUGUGUUUUUUUUUUUAAUGGUCUCUCACUAAGAAAUGGUGCAUCCAUUUCCUUGGGCCUUAUGUCUGUUAACUGGCCCUGGAGAGUUUGGAAAUGAAUGGUUUUAUAUUUUUGUGAAACUCUGGAUUUGGAUAACCAUUGAGGAAUGGAACCAUAUUCUAAAUCAAUAGCUUAAAUCAAGACCCAGUAUGAACCACUACGUGUUAUAUUCAAACAUUUGUAAUAAGACAAUUUUCAAUUUUGGAUAAAAAUGAACCAUCCUAAAAUGCUAGCAAAACUGUCUUCAAAAUGUCUUUUUUGUUUAAAAUAAAGUGAGUAAUUUUAAACUUAA